CGGAGCAGGCGGGCGGCGGCGGAGAAUGCUGCGGGCCCGGCGCCGCGAAGCAGGUGCCGGCCCAGCCCUCUGAGCGCGCCCCGAGGUGUGCCGGGAGGCCCUUCCUCGGCUCCGAAGCCAUCUGCCAGGCAAAGGCUUCCAGAGCAGCCGCCACCCCGACCGUCCACAGAGCCCCUGGCCCGACACCAUGUCCUCCGCCAGGUUCGACUCCUCGGAUCGCUCCGCCUGGUACAUGGGGCCAGUGUCUCGCCAGGAGGCGCAGACUCGGCUCCAGGGCCAGCGCCACGGUAUGUUCCUAGUCCGCGACUCCUCCACCUGCCCCGGGGACUACGUGCUGUCUGUGUCCGAGAACUCGCGGGUCUCCCACUACAUCAUCAACUCGCUGCCCAACCGCCGCUUUAAGAUCGGGGACCAGGAGUUUGACCACUUGCCCGCCCUGCUGGAGUUCUACAAGAUCCACUACCUGGACACCACCACCCUCAUCGAGCCCGCGCCCAGGUAUCCAAGCCCACCCAUGGGAUCUGUAUCAGCACCCAACCUGCCUACAGCAGAAGAAAACCUGGAAUAUGUACGGACUCUGUAUGAUUUUCCUGGGAAUGAUGCCGAAGACCUGCCCUUUAAAAAGGGUGAGAUCCUCGUGAUCAUAGAGAAGCCUGAAGAACAAUGGUGGAGUGCCCGGAACAAGGAUGGCCGGGUUGGGAUGAUCCCUGUCCCUUAUGUCGAAAAGCUGGUGAGGUCCUCCCUGCACGGGAAGCAUGGAAACAGGAAUUCCAACAGUUAUGGGAUCCCAGAACCUGCUCAUGCAUAUGCUCAACCUCAGACCACAACUCCUCUACCUGCUGUUUCCACUACUCCUGGGGCAGCCAUCAACCCUUUGCCAUCCACACAGAAUGGACCUGUCUUUGCGAAAGCAAUCCAGAAAAGAGUUCCCUGUGCUUACGACAAGACUGCCUUGGCAUUAGAGGUUGGUGACAUUGUGAAAGUCACAAGGAUGAAUAUAAACGGCCAGUGGGAAGGCGAGGUGAAUGGGCGUAAAGGGCUUUUUCCCUUUACGCACGUCAAAAUCAUUGACCCUCAAAACCCGGAUGAAAAUGAGUGAUUGCUGCUGCCCCAUACCUGCUGCUUCAUGUUCUGCCUGUCAUAGUCUCCUUUGAAGUGGGAACGCAUUCUCUCUCAUGGGCAAGUGCCACUGCAUCCCAACACCUGCUCUCCGCAGACGGGCGUCUCACACACAUUUGGAAUGCACACAGCAGGCUGCCUUCUGGCAAUUGUAUCAUAGUUGUAUUGUCAACAAGUAGCCGAUUUUAGAGUUUUUUUGGAUCAUAAACUGGAAAUCCUGGUGGAAGCACAGAAGUGGAGAGACGUUAAUGAGGAGAGGGUCUUACUUCUCAUCACUACCCGGUUUUUACUGAGACCAAUGGCUGUAGUGUUCAUCGGGAAGUUUGAGGCUAUUCCACAAACCAGGGGCUCAGCUGCCAUAUUCUUUUUCCUCUGGAGAACAGAGGAAGUGAACCUUAAAGAAGAGAGAAUUUUGUCCUAAACUGUCCAAAUCUGGCUUUUCUUUUGGUUUGGUUUGGUUUUGGAAGACUAAUUGAUUAGACUUGUGUGUUCUGAACAGGCUUAUAAGUAGCAGGUUGGGUUUUUGCGAUAUCACACGGAACGACGUGCCUCUGGGCUUCUGGAGUGAAGCUGCCGUAACUAAAGGAGUAUGAAGAGAAUGGCCCUGAAGCGGGGCCGUCAUUGUCUUGGAGUUGUCAGUAGUACCUUGUUUUGCCAAAUAGCAGACAAAACAAACAAUAAUCAGUAGUCAUGGCAUGCCAACGUGUGUGGACAGGCUCUUGGAUUACAUUUUCCCAAAAAUCAUCAGAUUGGGGGGUGAUUGGGAAACCUUUGCUUACCUUGUUUGCCAGUGACAGAGGAGUUUUCUAUCCAGCUUUCCAGUGAAUGCAUUCUUUUAAGGUGUGGGACUUAAACAUUUCUUUAAGAAGUGAGGUUAUUCAAAGAAUCAUUGCAUUAAGUUCAGCUCCCUGAGAUCUGGUUCUCCCUGCCAGGCCCAGGCUGCCAGAGAAGGUAGUGCUGCUGAUCUUGGUUCUGCAGUCCAUGUCCACGUUGCUCAUGAGCAAGGAAAAGCAAGCUCUGGAAAUCGGUCAAUGAGUUUCAUGUUGAAUGUUUUGGUGUCUAGAGCGAACCAUUAACUAUUUACCAAUUUGGUGUAAAGCAUCGCCUUGUUGGCUUAAAGAGGCCUGCUCAUACAGGCCAGCAUGUACAAACGUGUGGUAACGCCCUCAUGUACUACCCAAAGCAGACUAAGAUUCUGGAACCUCUGUGCAGUCCAGUCUGCUCCGGCUUCUGGAUACUGGCGAAGGCAAGCAUCAGCUCACACAGUGAGACAGACCGAGAAAUGUACCAGCACCCAAGGAGGAGCUUAGUACCGUUUACUGAGCAUCUGCUGUAGCCAUGGCCCUGUUACUGGACUCUUGAGGUGUAGAGCAUAUUCUGGUGAUAGAAUCACCAAACAACCAUUUUUCAAUUUCUCUUUAAAUCAGUAUUCCAUUGGGUCACAUUAAAGAAUUUUGGGAAUAUUCCUCUCACUAAAUUAAUGAUAAGUUUAAAAAAUAUCACCUUGGCUGUAGAUUUCCUGGAAAGUGCUUAUCAGCCUUUCCUGCCCAGUGAGAACUGUGGCCACUUCCUGCUCUGAUGGUGCCUGUCUGUGACACUUCUCCUUCUGAGCUCAGCUUGCUCUGAGCUCAGCACAACCUGAAUCCCCACACAAGAACCGUGCUCGCCCUGUAGCCAUUGAACGGGUUCAACCCUGCCCUUGUCAGCAUCUUCGUCUGAGUGGGGAGUUCAGUAGAGGGUGGAAUGUGUUGCCUUGUUCAAAGAGGGCAGAAACCCUCAGGCUUUUUUAAGCCAAAUUGAGCUGAGGGGCUUGACAUAUUUUGAUUUUGACACUGAAGUUGGCUCAGCACGCAAAAUAUGCGUAGCCACUUUGGAAAGCAGGUUUUCCUUUCGGCCAUGUCUACAAGGCCCACCUUCUGAGUCAAACCCCCUAUAAGCCUAGGGUCAGUCCUGAAGUGAGUCAGCUCAGCCCAUGAGAAUGUUUCCAGGACUACCCAGGAGACUCAGCUCAAAAUCAGAGUUCUGAACUCUCAAGAUAAGUGCCAAAAGUAGUAGCUUUGGACUUGGAACUGUGUCAGUUUUUAAUCAGGCCAAGAGAUGUUCUUUUUCACACUAAACAUGAAAAGUGGCAUCACUGCCUUAGCAUUGUAGCCAGAUCCCCCACCUGUCUUGAAACCAUCUGUGCUUCACAAAGCAACACGAAUCUGACCCACAGGAGCUGCCUCCAUCCAGGGGGUUUCCCUUUUAUGACUGUUCAUGAUGCUACUUGCUCUUCUCUACUGUGUGACAUUUAAGGUAGAAAGUAUUUGGCUGUAAAAUUGACUGUCACUCUGAAUUUUUACUUGGGAAAGAAAUUAUGUACUAAAGGGCAUUGACAGUUUGAAUCAAAACUCGUUUACCCCGGGAAAAACCCCUCACAUGGGAGUCUUCCUGGUCACUUCUGAGCUGCAUGGUUCCACUAGAUGGCAUCAUAACCCAGAGGAGGACCUACUGAGUGGCUGCCACUUGCCGACUUGGGUCUCCCAGACUAGACCCCUUCUGUGCUGGAAAGCUGACAGGCAGGAAAGCCAGCGGUCGUCCUUUGGAGCUCAAGUACCCAGCACCGCGCUGUACUUCCUACACAGCUGUUUACAGACAAGGCGGCCCAAGGCGUUGGCCACCACCCUUGUCGUGUUUGCUCAGAGGAAUAUGAACAUGUUUUUGAAAAGGGAUGAUGUGUUUUUGUGCCAGGUGUCUAUAAUUUAAUCCUUUAAUAUUGUGUUCAUUAACCUCUUAAAAUGAGUGAAUUCUCGAUUGUUUUAACACAGGACCUCUAAGACUAAUGCUUUCUGUGGGCACCACUGAGCUCUGCCUCAACGUCCACCCUCUGGGACUGGAGAACUGUGUCCCUGGUAACUGCUGUCAGUGUGGACACUGAGCUGGCUGUGUAUUCUGUUGGAGUAAGAGGACGGUUCUCUGGGACAGGAUCGUUGUCUCUGCAGGAGGAACAGUGGCCUUGCUUCUGAGACGGUCUUCACUGUGUUUUCAAACAACACCACCACCACCACCACCACAAAACUCUUUUGACCUGUAACUUAAAAAUCAUAAACUUCAGGCAAUAAUAUUUUCUGUGUUAAGCUGUUGAAAUUAUUUUUGGGGAUCAUAGCUUGUUUUAUUUUGUGCUAUAAAAUUAACAGUAUUAAAUGACUUAUAUUCUUAGAAUACAUCGAGUGUCUUUUCUUAACGGGUUAGUGCCUUUUUAUUUUUGUAUUCCAUUUUGCGUUACUGGUCCCAGCAUCAAAACCCUUGUUUUCCAUGGCCUGUUUGUACAUUGUCUCAAUAAAACUUGCAUCAGCCGGC